AUGCGAGACUCGGGGGAUUAUAUCGAAACGCCAUUGACUAAACGCCUAAAGCCUGCUGCUGGUAGUGAAAAUGAACCAGAUAAACCAAAAAAGCGCAAAAGAGCACCCUUAGGCACAGAAUCGCCUCUUAUGCCCGCCUGUGGUGACUCAGUAGGCGCAUCGCUUCUUUCACCCUCAAAUAGCAAUAUUGAUGGCGGACUGACAGGCCACAACGCCUAUCUCGGCUCUACAAGCUUUCUAUCCGUGUUUCAUGAGACGGUCCCCCAGUUGUCACAUCUUGCAAUGCAACCUCUGCCGCCGGAGUUUGCUCGCUGGCAAAACAAGCAACUUUCUUUACAGUCACAGCUAUUAAAAUUAAUCACUUCGUUCGAUCUGUAUGAGAAACUUAUUGGGUAUUACUACGAACGGGGACUAUUUAGCAUUGUUCCAGCGUCUUUGACCCUUGGCGCAGUCAAAUAUGCACGGGCACAUCUGGAAACUGAGGAUCUAUCCAAUGUUCGCCAGAAAAAUCUGUACAGAAAGAUAUGCCAAAACACCGCCAAGCCGCUCGAGAUCUCUGCCACUGCAAGUGCAGAAGAGUUUUUCCAAUUAUUUACAGGAGAGAAUCUUCGGUGGGAGUUCAUUGGCCUUAUAUUUGCUCUGGCGGGGCUAGGUGUGGUUAAUUCACUGACCCACACAGGCGACAAGUCUUUACGUUUUGCCGAUGGGGAGAUAGAGAUCGAUGAAUCCUUUUCUACGCAAAUGGUCGUUGCUAGUAACAAUGCCAUUGAAAUGUGUCGACAGCAUGACAAAGUUAAUGACCUCACCAUUUGGCUCGAAUACAAUCACUGUGUCCUUAUCUCUAUGGUCCUUGAUGAAACAAGUCACCUUGUCUAUAGGUGCUUUGGUGAUCUCAUCUCUGAUAUGUUCUCAAUGGGCUACCACCGCGAGCAGCCUCCUGGUCAAGGAAUCCCGUUAUUUCUUUCUCAGACUCGCAAACGGAUUUUCACUGCAGCAUAUCGGUCCGAUAAGAAUCUGGCCACGUUUCUAGGCAGACCUCCGCGAAUUCAAAGUCUAUAUUGCGACGCUGGCCCUCCAUUAGACUUGGACGAUAACAGCUUGAUUUUACAAGGCGAUGCUCUGACGGCAGCUCUUCAAAAUCUAGAUGAAGACGGUUGGAAUCGAGACGCUACUCGAGAUAAUAGGAUACGAUCAGCAACGGUGAUACGAGUUCGAUUUAUCAUAUCCCUUCAACGAGAGAAGGUCCUUGAGUUGUCACUGGGCCGGAAACCCAGCAACUUCAUUGAGCUAAAAGAAGCUAAUUCGUCUCUCAGCAAAACAUACCAAGAAUGUCAAGAUCUUUGGGCUUCCAUUCCACAUGAUUUUCGAUACGAUGUCAAUUGCUGGAAGACCCUUGACCCCUUCUCCUGCGUCGCCAUUUUAGUAAUCUAUCUCGAAUACCUCCACGGUCUCUUCCAGAUCCAACGUAUCCUAUGCCAGCAAAACCUCUCUGAAUCUUCCUCUCUUUUAAAUACUUCCAUGCAACUCCUAUCAACAGUCCUCCAUCUCCUCAAACAACCCGAACACACACCCGAAAUGCAAACAAAUUUUUCCUGGAUCUUCCUCUUCUACGGCCUCCCGGCCUCCGGCGUUCUCGCCAGCGAGCUCUACCAAUCCACCCUCUCUGCCUCCCUCUGGCCCUCGACCAUCACAUUCCCCCGCUCCCAGAUCAUCCGCGACCUAGGUCGGAUCAUAUCCUGGUUUGAAACCGCGACGCUGCCGCCCACUGCAACCUCGCGCGUGUGCGUUGACAUCACCAAGGUGUUAAGCCGACUGCUGGAUGACGCGUUGAACUACCAGCCAAGCCUGUCUCAGCACUCUCAGUCAUCGCAUGGGCGCCCGCACCAGCAUGCACAGCUCCCGGUGGAUGGUCGAAUUGGAACCGAGGGGAGGGACAGUGCAGUGGAGAUCUCUCCGGCGGCUAUGAUUCCGGGUGCUGAGAGCAGCGCGCACGUGAUGACUCGUCCUGGAGACGAGCAGAUGCAGCAGCCACCCGGUUCUAACCUAGAACAGGCUCAACUACUACUGCCACACGACAAUCCAGAAAUCGGAAUUGGUAUUGAUGAUCAAUUUACAAGUGAGAAGUUCUUGAGCUGGCUAGAUGAUCUGGAUUGGGACGCCACUGUGCCAGACCUCCUGUUUUAG